GGUGCGUGCGCGGCCCCGCGAGGCGCGUCUCCCUCGCGAGCUCGCGGUGAAAGGAUUUGGCGCCAGGCGGGUCCCGCUCCGCAGCUCCCGCAGCCGCACGAAUCCCAGCGCCUCCCGCCCGCACUCACCGCCCGCCGGGGCACCGACGCAUCGCAGGCAGAGCUAGAGCCGCCCGUCCGUCCCUGCCCGCCGCCGCCCGCGCGCCGCCCAGGGACCGAGCCGCCAGUGCCGCCGCCGCCGCCAUGAGCUGCUCGCCCGUGAACGUGAAGAAACUGAAGGUGUCGGAGCUGAAGGAGGAGCUGAAAAAGCGGCGCCUCUCCGACAAGGGCCUCAAGGCUGAGCUCAUGGAGCGGCUCCAGGCCGCGCUAGACCAGGAGGAGACCGGCGGGGGCGGCCCCGCCAGCGGCGCGGCCGAGCCUGGCAACGGCAGCGUGGAGGGGGAGGCGGCCGAGAGCGGCGGAGGCGCCGCGCAGCUCCGCCAGGGGGGAGGCCCCGGCCAGGCCGCGGCCUCCGCCAUGGAGGACGACGACGAGGAAGGGCUGGAGGCCGCAGAUGGCGACGCCAUGGAGCUGGGCGAAGAGAACGGCGAGCGGGCGGGGGCCGGGGGCGGCCCCAUGGAGGAGGAAGCGGGAGGCGAGGAGGAGGAAGAGGAGGAGGAGGAGGAUGAGAACGGUGAUGACCAGGGUUUCCARGAGGGGGAGGACGAGCUGGCCGACGAGGAAGAGGCCGCGGCCGGGGACGCCAACGGGCACGGUGACCAGCAGCCGCAGCAGUCCCAGCAGCCGCAGCAGCCCCCGCCGCUCCUCCCGCCGCGCAGCGCCGCCGCCGCCAAGGAGGCUGCCGGCAAGAGCCCUGGGGGCGCCUCGGGGCCCGCCGCCGCCUCCGGCCCGGCGGGCCCCGCCAAGCAGCAGCAGCAGAAGAAAGCGGAAGGCGGCGGCGGAGGCGGCCGCCCUGGGGCGCAGGGCGCCGGGGGAGAUGGUAAAACAGARCAAAAACCUGGUGAGAAGAAGAGGGGAGUGAAGAGACCACGUGAAGAUCAUGGCCGUGGAUACUUUGAAUAUAUUGAGGAAAAUAARUAUAGCAGGGCGAAAUCCCCUCAACCACCUGUUGAAGAAGAAGAUGAACAUUUUGACGAUACRGUGGUUUGUCUUGAUACUUAUAACUGCGACCUGCAUUUUAAAAUCUCAAGAGACCGUUUUAGUGCUUCCUCUCUGACCAUGGAAAGCUUUGCUUUCCUUUGGGCUGGAGGRAGAGCCUCCUAUGGAGUUUCUAAAGGCAAAGUCUGCUUUGAGAUGAAGGUUACAGAAAAGAUUCCUGUUAAACAUCUGUAUACAAAAGACAUUGACAUACAUGAAGUGCGAGUUGGCUGGUCAUUGAACACAAGUGGAAUGUUGCUUGGUGAAGAAGAAUUUUCAUAUGGGUAUUCUCUAAAAGGAAUAAAGACAUGCAAUUGUGAGACUGAAGACUUUGGUGAGAAGUUUGAUGAAAAUGAUGUGAUUGGAUGUUUUGCUAAUUUUGAUGGUGAUGAAGUAGAACUCUCAUAUUCCAAGAAUGGACAAGAGCUUGGUGUUGCAUUCAAAAUAAGCAAGGAAGUUCUUGAUGGGAGACCACUCUUUCCACAUGUUCUCUGCCAUAACUGUGCGGUUGAGUUUAACUUUGGUCAGAAGGAGGAACCGUACUUCCCUGUACCUGAAGAGUAUACCUUCAUCCAGAAGGUCCCCCUGGAGGAUAGAGUCCGAGGACCAAAGGGACCUGAGCAAAAGAAAGAUUGUGAGGUGGUGAUGAUGAUUGGCUUGCCUGGGGCUGGCAAGACUACAUGGGUUACCAAACAUGCAGCAGCAAAUCCUGGGAAAUACAACAUCCUUGGGACUAAUACUAUUAUGGACAAAAUGAUGGUUGCAGGUUUUAAGCGUCAGAUGGCAGACACUGGAAAACUUAACACACUGUUGCAGAGAGCUCCUCAGUGUCUUGGAAAGUUCAUUGAGAUUGCAGCUCGUAAGAAGCGGAAUUUCAUUUUGGAUCAGACAAAUGUGUCUGCAGCUGCGCAGAGGAGAAAAAUGUGCCUGUUUGCAGGCUUCCAGCGCAAAGCAGUUGUUGUUUGCCCAAAAGAUGAAGACUACAAGCAAAGAACACAAAAGAAGGCAGAGGUGGAGGGAAAAGAUCUUCCAGAGCAUGCAGUUCUCAAAAUGAAAGGGAACUUCACACUGCCAGAGGUAGCAGAAUGUUUUGAUGAAAUAAUCUAUGUAGAGYUGCAAAAAGAAGAAGCUCAGAAGCUUUUGGAACAGUAUAAAGAAGAAAGUAAGAAAGCUCUUCCGCCAGAAAAGAAACAGAACACUGGCUCAAAGAAGAACAAGAAGAGCAAUAAAAAUCAAUUUAAUAGGGGUCAGAGAGGACGUGGAGGAUUCAACAUGCGGGGCAACUUCAGAGGAGGAGUCCCUGGCAAUCGUGGUGGAUACAACAGGAGGGGAGGCAACAUGCCUCAGCGAGGUGGUGGAGGUGGCGGUGGUGGCGGUGGCAGCAGUGGAGCAAUUGGCUACCCGUAUCCUCGCGGCCCUGUCUUUCCAAGCAGAGGUGGCUACUCAAACAGAGGAAACUAUAACAGAGGUGGAAUGCCCAACAGGGGAAACUACAACCAGAACUUCAGAGGAAGGGGAAAUAAUCGUGGCUACAAAAACCAAUCUCAGGGCUACAACCAGUGGCAGCAGGGUCAAUUCUGGGGUCAGAAGCCAUGGAGUCAGCAUUAUCACCAAGGAUAUUAUUGAAUACCCAAAUAAAUGAACUGAUACAUAUUUCUCCAAAACCUUCACAAGAAGUCGACUGUUUUCUUUAGUAGGCUAACUUUUUAAACAUUCCACAAGAGGAAGUGCCUGCGGGUUCCUUUUUUAGAAGCUUUGUGGGUUGAUUUUUUUUUCUUUUUUUGUACAUUUUUAAUUGCAGUUUUAAAGUGAUUCGUAAGAGAACCUCAGCAUUGUGCACGAUAAGAGAAUGUGUCAGUAUUUCAGGGUUCUACAUUUUAUCUGUAAAAUGUGACUUUUUUUUUACCACAACAAAAGUAAAACGUUGCUUUUUA